UGAAGAGUUUGUAAAACGUGCGCAAAGUUUGACGGAUUGUCGAAGUUGUUGAAGAUGAUCGUCGUAAUGCAGCUGAUAUUCUGUACAGUCAGGGAUUUUUUGAAAGCAAUAACAUCCAARAGUAUUGAGCACGAAAKCAAGGAAGAGAAUAAUGUGUUAGAUUUGAAAAAAGAGUCUCCUGCACCCAAGAAAAGACGAGUUGUUUGUAAUUUUUCAAUGUCACCUGCCGACUGCCACAAGGUUCACAMAGAACAAGCAGAAAAUACAUGUGAACAUAAAUAUUUGAAUGUCAUUUCUGAAAGAAACCCUUCAGUGUCAAAGGAAUUCCUUGAAAAUCUUGAACGAAGAACAGCAAAUAGAAGUGAUACACUUCAAUUAGCUCAGCUUUCUCACAAAACAGAAAAUACUGMAAAGAAURAAGAUAAUAGUGAAGUAWGUUCUACAUGGUGUGAACAAAGCCACAAUGUUGAUKGUUCAUCACAAAAAGCAGAAGAAGUAACUGAGAGAUUUGAUACUGAAGAACCACCAAAGAGAUUUCCAGCUACACUGUUAUCAGAUAGAGACUGGCUGGAUGAAUUUGAAUAUCUCUUUGCUGCAGGACUCCUGGAUGAGUUAAAAGAAACCUUGAAAAGAUCYUUCGAUGAGAACAAAAACCCAUUUGAUUUURUAUUAUUUAUCAUGACRUUUGCUGAUCAUGAUAUUUUUUCUGGAAAGAAAUCAUUAGUGCAUAUUGCUUUGACUGAAUUUGAGUCUUGGAUAGAAAAUGAGAAUAAAAGAAUGGGAGAAACWGGAAGGGAGUUGUUAAUGCCCACCAAAGAACAACAGGACAGUGCUUUAGAGAUUGUAGUGUCRUCAAAGCUAUUAUUUUUUGAAACUAUAAAAAGAUUAUACAAACUCGACUGUGGAGACAAUCAGUUUCUUGAGAAGCAUAUACGAUACCUCUUGAGCACUGGGAGAAGRUAUAAAGAAGCGGCAACAUUUGCUACUAAGCUUAACCUUCAGACACAAUUUGAACCCUCAGAGAUGCUGCUUCCUCUUCUCAUUCUUGACAAGCUGCAGCUGGCUGAAAGUUACAUCAUGAGUUCUGUGUGGCAUCAGAGAGCUUAUCUCAGCAUGAUAGAUGAUUUGUGUGGCAUGGAAGAUGAGCAACUACAACAAAUAGUAGACUCUGCUAAUAUUUACCCAAAACCAAAAGAAAAUAAAAUAAAGAAUAAAAUUCUGGUCAAAAUUGGAGAAAGGUUGAUUAAGAAAUUCCAUCUAAAUGGAGAGGACUAUCCAAAUGUAUUUAAGGAAAAGAAUCUAAGUGGAUUGAGAUACUUACUCAACAAGAAGUAUACUGAGAGAAAUGCACCACCAAAGAAGUGGGACAACCUGAUAGAGUCUGCUAUAGGGUUUAAUGUCUGGUUACAAGAGCGACUCAUCGAAAGUCUUGUAGAGUAUAAAGAUGUGAAUGAAGCAGUUCGAUGGGCCAACUAUUAUGGCCUUCCAUUGGAAUCUGUUCCACCAAUCCUCGACCUUCCUCAAGUCAAAAAGAAGGUCAAGUCAUUUAGGGAAAGCAGACAACUAAGACGAUUUGAUAUGGAGAGAGGGUUGAGUGAGCUUGUCAUGCUGUGUUUGGGAAAACCGUUAGACAAGACGUAUCAGGUGUCUGAUUGGGAGAGACGACCACUGCUUGCUGAACAACUUGUGUAUGCAGCUUUAGAUGCUUAUUGUUUAUUGGAAGUAUACACAGUGCUUCACCAGUGGGUAAAGGAAUCUCGUACGUAUGUCAACAUGGAGCCAGAACUCUACUUAUCAUCCCUUGGAGCUGACAAAAAGAAGAAAUCACGGAAUGGCAAUCGAAUGAAGCACCCAAAGCCUGGAACACUUGGAAUGAGAUUAACAGCACCAGUGAAUACCGAUAACCCAAUCUCCCCUCGUCAACUUUCCAUCGUUGUUGAUACCAUGCUUCAGGGACUGGGAAGAAACCUUAGAUGUUGUGGUGUAGAUGUUAACAUAUUGAGUACUGGAACUAGUCACGAGGACGCAGCGAAGGUAGCCAUUCAAGAAAACAGAAUCCUCUUAACAAGUGGAACUCCGUAUUACUCUCUGCGUUCUAAAGUCCCUGAGGGCAUGUGUCUUUGCGUACCUGUCGGAACGGUCAAAGAACAAGUUGUGGAGAUAUUUCGUCACUUCAACGUCAGAGUCACAUCACAGGACAUCUUUAGUCGUUGUCAAAUAUGCAAUGGUAAUAGAUACAUCCAAGUAAUUCCUGACCACAUGAAGCUAGCACACCAUAUAAUGAAAAACCCUGACCUUCUUGACAACAUACCACUUCCAGUGGAUUGCCCCAUUGAUUACCAGACGUUGACUCUUAAGGAGACUGGUGUUCCCCUAAAGCUUGGGCUGUUAACUGAUAAUGCUUGGAAGCGAAAGAUUGACGUAUUUUAUUGCUGUGCAAUGUGCGGGAAAAUAUUCUGGGAAGGAUCUCACUUCGCAAAAGUCCAGGAACAGUUUGCUCAUCUUUUGUAUUCGAGCUAGUGUACUU